AUGACGCAACGGGUCACCGGCCAGCGCUUUCGCCAGCGCAAGCUGUCUACCAAGCAGAACCUACCUGUGCUGCGCGAGAAUGAGGUCGAGAAGCUCCCCGACGACGACGCGAGCCGCCACAUUCCUAAGGUCGAGACUGGCGUGGAAAAAGGAGAGGAAAUUGUGACUGUCAUAUCCGCCGCGCAAGCAGCAGCUCAAGGCGGCGGCAAGGCCGCCCAUCUCUACAUCCCCACACCAGAUGCCGUCGCAAGCAAGCUGCAAUAUGAAGACCUCUAUCCAAGGCACUUCACACAACCUGCAACCUAUAUUCGCUUCUCCUCCACCGUAGAGGAUAUGAUAGGAUGUCCGUAUUGCAUGACUGCCGAAGAUGUCGCCUGGCUCAAGAAGUACAACGAGAAGAAAAGCAAGGGCGUGCAGUGUUCCGAGGAUGAGUUCGAACAGGUGAUGAACUUCUUCGAGGAGGCUACCCAGACAAAGCAGCCCUACGCCGCAGUCGACAAUUCGCCAGUUCUUUCGUAUGAGGAUCUUGAAGCCGAGUUCGACGAAACAAUCAGCGAACCAUCGAGGCGGUUCGCGAAGGACAUCUAUCAGCACUGGAAGGAUGAGCGUUUGCGGAGAGGCAAUCGCUCAUUAAUGCCAACGCUCAAGUUCGAAACGAACCUAGAAACUGAUGAUGCAGAUCCCUACGUGUGCUUCCGACGUCGUGAGGUACGGCAGGUCAGAAAGACGCGCGGUCGCGAUGCGCAGGUAACCGAGAAGUUGAAGAAGCUGAGGAAGGAGCUGGAGGAAGCAAGGCUAUUGAUGUCAUACGUCAAGCGCCGAGAGCUUCUGAUUCGCGACCAACUUGCCAUGGACAAGCUGAUCUUCGAGCAACGGAGUGCGGUCAAGGAGAUCAAGAGGAAGCUUAGCAUCAAAGGUGAUGACGAAGAGCUCCUCAUCAACCAGAAGCCCGCUCCAAAGCCGAAGCCGAGAGUCGACAUGCAGGCCGUCCAGAGGGGUAUCCCUGGCAUGGGUCCUAAACCCCAAGUCACUCGUCCUGAUGGUCGUCUCGUUGAUUCUGACAUGGUGUCCCUGGAUGACCAACUCGCCAAGAAAUCGGAGAUGAUCGACGGAUUUAUCGAAGAGAACCUGAACAAACACCAGAAAUGGAAUGUUGGUUGGGUCGAUGCGACAUGGCGUCCAAUCACGCCACCACUAGAACAGUCUGCCGCAAAGUCCGAUUUCCGUCGUGUCUUCACAGACUCUCAGCUGCCGACACCACCAGCUUCCGUGUCGUCCGAAGAAGCUGGCGAUGCGAUGGCUGUUGAACGAGCGAAUAAGCAGGUUGAGCCGCGCAGAAGCGCUCGGAUACGGUUUGCUACACCUCCAGAUGACGUGCCAUACCAAGAUCAAUCUCGGUUCCGCCGAAGAACCGGUCGUGGUGGUCGGGUAAUGAUUGAUCGUCGUGGUGUGAAGCGCCAAAAGCUUGAGGCAAUUGACGAGAGGGUUGCUGAUAGGUGGAAAUUCGCCGGAGACAGCAGCGAGGACGAACAGACUUAUCCCGUAGACUGGACCGACAAUCUGCACAUCCGAUACCGCAUCAUGAUCGAGCGACAGGGCGAGAAACAACACGCCCAAGCAACCGCGGCUGCAGCUGCGGCGCACAACCGAAGAUCGAUCGAAAACCACAACCGGUCGGCGUCCGGACACCUAAUGCCCCCAACUCCAACGAACACCGGAUGA